AUGGCUUCAAAGGAGACCCAGGUCGACAUCAUCGAGGACCAUCAUGCACCUCAAGGCUCGACAGUUCCUUUCUGGAAGCAGAAGGAAUUACGAAAGCUCUACCUGAUCAUGGUGUUUCUUUUCAUGGGCUCAACAACGCUUGGAUACGACUCCAGCUUACUAAACGGCUUGCAAACAAUGGGAUCAUGGCAGACCUUUUUCGAUCACCCCGAAGGAAGUCGUCUCGGUAUCUUUGGAGCCAUGCCCGGCUUCGGAGGGCUUUUCGUACUUCUCUUCGCUCCCUACGUCGCCGACGGACUUGGACGAAAGAAAGGCACCGCAAUCGGAUGUACCAUCGUCAUUAUCGGUGCCCUGAUGCAAUGCUUCCCCCAAAAGAGCCACGGAGCACGACGAGAUGCCUUGUACCUCGCUGGUCGAUUCAUCAUGGGCUGCGGAUCCAACAUCUCCAACGCCACUUGCCCACUUCUCAUCACCGAAAUCGCCCACCCACGACACCGAGGUAAAAUCACGACUGUCUAUAACACACUUUGGUAUCUCGGGAGUAUCAUUGCAGCCUGGGUAUGCUUUGGAACGUUGAGGAACCAGACCGGCACCAUCCAAUGGGUUCUUCCCACUGGGUUGCAAUGCCUCAUGCCUGGCAUCCAACUUCUGGCCAUUUUCAUCGUACCUGAGAGUCCCCGAUGGCUCAUCAGCAAGGGCCGCGAAGAGGAGGCUCGCAAGAUCCUUGUCAAGUAUCACGGUAACGGAGAUGAGAACGAUGAGUUUGUUAGGUACGAGUUCACCGAGAUUGUCAAUACCAUCAGGCUCGAGCGUGAGACAGCCGACAAUGGAUGGGCAGAACUUUGGCGUACUCCUGGUAACCGAAAGCGAUGUGGCUUGAUCAUUGCUACGGCCAUCUUUUCACAGUGCAGUGGCAACGGUUUAGUAUCAUACUAUCUUGCUGCCAUUUUGAACACCAUCGGUAUCACUGAUGCCAUCACCCAGGCAUAUAUCAACGGAGGCCUCACCAUCUGGUGUUGGCUAGUCUCUCUAUUCGCCGCCUUCUUCGUCGACCGCGUGGGACGACGAGUCCUCUUCCUUUUCGCCGGUGUAGGCAUGUUGAUCUCCUUCACCAUCUGGACCGCCUGCAGCGCCGUAUACGCAAAGACUGAGUCUGCCUCUGCCGGUAUCGCAGUCGUGGCCAUGAUCUUCCUGUUCUACGGCGUCGCAGGUGCCGCAUGGCCCGGUCUGACCGUCUCCUACACCGUUGAGAUCCUGCCUUACAACAUCAGAGCCAAGGGUCUUACGCUUUGCUUCUGCUUUACUGCUCUCUCUGGAGUUUUUAACCAGUGGGUCAACCCUCUUGGUCUGCAGCAGCUUGCGUGGAAGUUCUAUUUUGUCUACAUUGUCAUUUUGGUCAUCGAAUGCCUGGUUAUCUACUUCUUCUUCGUUGAGACUAAAGGUCCUACACUGGAGGAGAUUGCUGUUUUGUUUGAUGGUCAGAACUCUGCAGCUGGCAUCGCCAAGAAUCAGGCUCAGAUGAAGAGUGCAGUGGCUGAAGUCGAACAUGCCUAG